AUGAGACAACCUGCAUAUGAGGUCACAACCGACUUCUAUGAUGAUUACAUGAAUAUUACAAAAUCCACUGCCAUCGAGAUUUUGGAACACUUCACUAAAGCAAUAUGGAAUGUGUACCAUGAGCAUUAUCUCCGUCGACCAACACCGGCAGAUCUGCGACGGCUUCUCGAUAAGGCAACAAAAAGAGGAUUUCCGAAAAUGAUUGGGAGCCUCGAUUUUAUACACUGGCAGUGGAAAAAUUGUCCCACCAGAUGGGGAGGGCAGUAUACUGGCUAUAACGGGAAACCAACAAUCAUCUUAGAGGCAAUGACAUCCUAUGAUACUUGGAUUUGGCACGCCUUCUUCGGCCUUCCAGGUUCCUUAAAUGAUAUUAAUGUCCUUGAACAAUCACAUUUGUUUAAUGAUGUGUCUCGUGGUGAAACUCCUCAGGUGAGCUAUGAAGUACAAAAUAGGCAUUAUGGGCAAUGUUAUUACCUUGUUGAUGACAUUUACCUGAAAUGA